CAGCCCCUACCUCCACAGACACAUUCGCUUGUUUGUUUAACAGCUCUCAUAGUGAAAGCUCCCCGCUAUGCAUAGCUAGCAACCAACUAACUAACAAAAUUAUACGACAGUCUAGGCAUACACAUAACAAGUAACUAUCAAGCCCUAGGACUGGUAUCCAAACAAGAGGGCAUUGCAAGUUGUGGGAUUACCCGACGGACAGGUGUGAGGACGGCGGGAUGUUUUGUACGGCGCUAGCACUGCAGCAGCCUGAAGACCAGGAGCCUUGCAUAGCUAGGAGUUUGGCACGAAAGUCAAGUAGCAGCAGCAGCAGCAUCAGCAGCAGCAGCUGUCUGGGAGACAAGCGCAGCGUACUCGCGUGCCUCGGCAAACAGUGUUCCAUUGAAGAGGGCACUGCGGAGGCGCGAGUGGACAACGGUGGACCCGUCAGUCACCUGCUGCACAUUGGGCAUGCCGAGCAGAUUCCCGUGGAGUGCGUGCCCUUACGAUGCGCCCUACUAAAGAGUGGACCUUUGGACGAGACGGCGGGGGGGUCAUGCUUGGAGAAAAAUGGGGGGCCUGCAUUUUGCCUGCCCUUCUCAAGGUCCUGUCCAGACGUAGGCUCAGCGAACAAUGAAAGGGAAGCGUUGUGGAUGAUGCUGGAGAAAGUGCUAUGGGAGGUUAGGUGUAGCCGUCCUGAGGAUGAAGACGUUGAUCGAAUUACUACCACUUGCCUGCCUCAAUUCCGCUGGAGGAAACUCAAUAAAAGAGCAAUAUCGUCAAACACACUCCCCAUGCAGCAGGCACGGCCCCUGCCCGUGAUCCCCAACACACCGACGGCACCGAUACCGAGUGGCAAGUCCAACAACAGCAGCAGCAGCAGCAGCAAGAAGAAGAAAAAGUUCUGCAAGGCUGACAUUGGGAUGCCCAGCAACUUCCAACACGUUGGACACGUUGGAUGGGACCCCAAUGCUGGCUUUGAUACCAACGUCAUGGACCCGCAGCUGAAGAAGCUCUUCGACAGCGCUGGCAUCUCCGAGUCGCAGCUCAAGGACAAGGAGACGUCAAAGAUCAUCUUCGACUUCAUCGAGAGCCACGGCGGCCUGGAGGGGGUAAAGACCGAGAUGUCACAGCAGCCACCCAGGGCCGGCCCGCUGCCACCAACACCCCCCCAGAUAGAAGCCCCGCCGCAGCCCUCCAAAGGUCGCAGCCACAACUCCCGCCCGCUGCCCUCCCGGCCGUGCCCUACUCUGCCCCCGAGCCUGCCGCCGUCGCCGCAGCCGACGCAUCAGCCCCCCUUCAACAGCAGAGCCGUGCCUCCACCGCCCCCACCGCCCACCCAGCGCGGUGUUGCCUCCUCCCAAGCGCCGCCACCGCCGCCACCUCUGCAGGGUCCGAGGGCACCGCCGUGCGGGCCGGCCCCGGGCCCCCCGGCAAUGUCGGCGCCGCCGCCACCGCCGCCGCCGCCCCCGCCGGCGAAUAAACCCCCUCCACCCGGGGUACCCCCUCCACCUGGGGUACCCCCGCCACCCAUGCAAACUGAGCCACUUGCCCAGGGAGGAGGUGGAGGAGAUGGAGGAGGAGGAGGAGGGAGACGCGGGGCACUGCUGGACCAGAUCCGCCAGGGUAUCUCACUCAAGGCUGCUGAGCUCACGAGCCCUGCCUCACCCUCUUGCACGGAGGAUGUUCCCGGUAUUGCGGGUGCGCUCAUGAAAGCACUGGAGAUGAGAAACAAAGUCAUCCAUUCCUCCGAUGAGGACGAUGACGAAGAACCAGAAGAGGAUGACGAUGAAUGGGAAGAUUAAAGUCGAGCAAUCGAAGACGGGAUUUUGUAAUGUAGAACAAACAGCACGUGCACCGAUGCACACACGCACCAACUGAGGCACCGCACAAACGUAGAGUUCGUUCUUAAUUAUGGAGCUUUCGUGACUGCAGGAAUUAUUCACGUCUAAAGAUAAAAUAAUAUAAUAUAAAAUAAUAUUUUAAUUUAUUAUUUUAUCUUUAGACGUGACUUAACCGAAAGAACCAAAGAAUAAAACGUAGAGUUCGUGAUAACGUUUUUUUUGGAUCAGAUCGCGUAAAUGUAAAUGUGUCGUUUGCCCACCUCCACCCGACACGGCCUGUGAAUAAGGUUUGUCACGUAAACAAAACGCGCCAAUUUGUUACUCCACAUAUCCGUUGUGCUAAAUUAGUAACAAAUUGGCACGUAUCGUUCACGUGACAAACCUUCGGGUGGAGGUGGGAUCUAUGCCAUAUUUUAAGUCACGUGAUAUAA